CCCUAGCGAUUGUAACUUCGGGUUGUUGCAUGUGAACAUCAUGGCUUUUGCACUGAAAAAUGUAGUUUUUAAACCGACUUUAUAUAAUAAACACAAAUUCUUAUACCAACAUAUUAAAACAGAUUCUACCACAUUUGCAAAAGUCCCAAAAUCUAAAAAACAUUUGUAUUAUAUUGCUGGAAUAUGUGGGGCUGGUGUUAUAGGUUUAAUAACCUCCCUAGAAUAUUCAGUCAAAGCUAUGACAAAACUACAUUUACAUCCAGCAAAGUAUCCUUGGAGCCAUAAUGGGUUUUUUGAUUCUUUGGACAUGUCAAGCGUGAGGCGUGGUUAUCAAGUGUACAAACAAGUUUGCGCGGCUUGCCACAGCAUGAAAUUCCGAUCCUACCGACAAAUGGUUGACGCUUUCAUGACUAUCGACGAGGCUAAAGCCGAAGCGGCGGAAAUUCAGGUGACGGAUGGGCCGGACGAUAAGGGCGAAAUGUUUAAACGACCCGGUAAGCUGACCGACACCUUCCCGGAUCCUUACCCCAACGAACAAGCUGCGCGGGCCGCUAACAACGGAGCGGCGCCUCCCGAUCUCUCCCUUAUAGUCAGAGCGCGAGAGGGAAACGAGGAUUACAUAUACGCAAUUCUAACGGGCUACGAAGAGAUUCCGCCCGCCGGGGUGCCCAUCACUGAAACGCAACACUAUAACCCUUACUUUCCCGGUGGCGCUAUCAGUAUGGCCCAAGCCUUGUACGACGAUAUCUUCGAAUACGAAGACGGUACACCCGCCACUGUCAGUCAAUUGGCCAAAGACGUCGUCACCUUUUUGAGGUGGUCAUCCGAGCCCCACUUCGAAGAACGGAAGCGAAGACUCGUUAAGGUAUGCCUUUUCUUCCCUGUCGUCAUACUCGUCACGUACGUGAUGUACAAGCAGAAAGCCGUGCUCUACAAGACCCAGAAAUAUAUCUUCAAGCCUAUUCCUAAGGACAAAUUCGUUUAAAAUGCCAUGACAUUCAAAAAAAAUUAGCAAAUAAAUCUUUAUAGAUCCUCUCACCCCCCUAUAAUUGCCCACGUAUUUAAAUAAAUUGAAGAAAUAAAUAGUGAAUAGAUUUAAAAAAUAUGAAUUCAUUUUUUUUUUAUUUAUUUAAAAAAGUAUUUUUUUUUUGUAAACAUUUUUUUCUUUAUUCUUUUUCGUUAUUAUUCUUUCCUUUCACCCUUUUCUCCUUCAACAAACUAAACGGCUCAUCAUUUUAAAAUAGUUAGAUUUAGCAGGCCAAAAUAAUGGCAUUUAUUAUUAAAAUGGCGCCAAAAUGCAUUUAUGACUCCCCCCCCCCCACUACCUACACAUUAUUUUUGAAUACCAUAGGUAUUUCGGCGCUAAUUUAUUGUUACAAGAAAUAUAAUUUAUUAUUGGUAUCCCAUAAGUAAAAUUUGUUUAAAUUUUUGUCUGCUGGUAUUUUCUUUAUUGAAGUUUCUAAAAAUAAGAAAGCAUCUCAGAAUUCUAAAUAGACAAAUUUUGUGCCAAUGGAUAAUCUAGAUUCCAUCUUUCGGAAAAAUUUUUAUGUUAGAAAGACUUUUUUGGUGCUUAAAGCAAUUUGUUAGUAAUCGCUUUUAUUUUGCAAUUUUUAUUUUCUUCUUCUUUACAAAAUCUACUCCUAUCUUAUUGAAUUAAUAAUUGUUUUGCCGUGCCAUAUUUAUAUUAUUGUUCGCUUUUCUUGUUGUUUUUUUAUUUUAGAGGGAUUUUUUUCCAUGAUUAUCUUGUAUUAUAACGUAAUAUAAUUUACAUUUAUAUACGAUCUUCAAUAGCCAAAAUUUAUAACUUACUGACAAUCCAUAAAAUACACCUAAAUAAUUUUCCAAUCUUCUAACCAUUAGAGGCCAAAUUAUUGAUUUGCUAAAUUAUUACAAUACCAAAUCCCAUCACAUAUAAAAAGAAAAAUUGACUUUUAAUUAUACAAGUUUCUUACUGAACGAAACGGGGGAAAUGAUAAUACUCCAUGCAUUUCAAUCGUAAUCCUUUUCAUUAUAUUAAAGACUAAAAUUUAUAUACCACUAAGCAUUUUUAAAUUUAAAAUUGUCAUAAUAUAACUCCUCUCGAUGUUCAUGUAUUAAUAUUUCCGGAAUGACAUAUUAUUUUGGUUUUCGAAAAUGAUUAUAAUUAAUUUUUUUUUCCUAUCUCUCUUUUAUAUUAUAAUA